AUGGCAUCACUAAAGAGCGGUAUUAUGUUACGCUCCAUGCGUACACAAGAUAUAUCCAAAGUGCAAGAGCUGGUGGCCCGUGACGGGGGAUCGCUGUUCUCGUUCGUUGACCUCGUCGUCUACUGCCUUCAAGCCGGCUACGAAGCGGUUGUCGCAGACCACGACGGCAAGAUCGUGGGGAUAGCUGCCGGAAAGCACAUGAAAACAAAAAGCCACAUAGACCUGGUCUGCGUGAGCAAAGAGCACAGGGGGAACGGGAUUGCGACCUCGUUGCUGAGCGAGUUCAAAGCCCACGCUCAAGGCAAUGCCAUCUAUCUUGAGGUCGACGUCAAGAACCUGGCUGCGCAAAGGCUGUACGCAUCUCUGGGCUACGAGACAACCCAAGUGAUCCCCCAGUACUAUUUAAAGAGCAACGCUCUGGAAAUGCGAGCCCACGAGGUUGUUGCGUGA